GGUGAUGGGGGAACCACAUGGAUAUCUUGGAGAAGAAUUGUACAGGGAACAGUGUGCAAAGGCCCUGGUGGUAACCAAUAUAGAUGGAGUAGGAGGGAGAGUAGCAGGGGAUGAAGUCAGAGGAGUGGCAGAAGGUCAGAGGACAGAGGGUCUUGUAGACCAUUAUAAAGAUUUCGGCUUUUACCCUUAGUGAGAUGGGAAGUCAUUGGAGGCUCUUGAGGAGAUAAUACGGAAGCUGUAGAGAGGUUAAAUAGCUUUUCCAAGGUAAAACAGCUUGAGUGGCAGAAGGUAGGGAGUUAAGCGCCAAGGCUGAAGUUCUUAACCCUAUGCUGCAUUUGGGCAUUGCUCUCCUGUGACUUCAAAGAAACUGGGACACUGGGAAGUUAUGCGGCUUGCCUAAGGCCACACAGCUGGUGUCUGGACCAUACUGGCUUCUCUUGCAUGGAGGUCACUGAAGUGGGAGAGGAGGCAAACUGAGGAGACCGUCUCGGCUUCGGGCGGCGGUGCUGUUCCUUAGGAAGCUCCAGCCCUUGGCUCUACCGGACUGCGGGCAUCUUUCCCGAGCAAGGCACGGAAGAAAAGAAAAUUGGCCUUUAUUUCGGGGUGGCCCAGCAGGCAUCCAAGAGCCAGAGGAGCAGGUGUCACGGGAGAGCGGCGAGCAAGGCCAGGCCAGGAGGAGCAACCGCAGCCGCCCACGGUCGCCCCUUCCUGACCCACCCCAGGUGUCCGGAGUUCCGCGCCCGGGUAGGGGAAGGAGGGCGGACGGGGCGGGGUUUUGGCGCCGCGCCCCCGUCACGUGACGAAGCCAUCAUGGCGGCGGCCAGAGGCCUGCCCGGCUCCCGGAAGCAGGCUGUGAGGGGCGGGAGCGCUGCUGGAACCCGAGCUGGAGCCGCAGCCACAGCGGGGAGGGUGGCCGGGCGGCCUGGAGCCGGACGUGUCCGGGGUGUCCCCGCAGACCGGGACAGCAGGUCGUCGGGGGCCCACCAUGCUGGUGACUGCCUACCUUGCUUUUGUAGGCCUCCUGGCCUCCUGCCUGGGGCUGGAACUGUCAAGGUGCCGGGCUAAGCCCCCUGGAAGGGCCUGCAGCAAUCCCUCCUUCCUUCGGUUUCAACUGGACUUCUAUCAAGUCUACUUCCUGGCCCUGGCAGCUGACUGGCUCCAGGCCCCCUACCUCUAUAAACUCUACCAGCAUUACUACUUCCUGGAAGGUCAAAUUGCCAUCCUGUAUGUCUGUGGCCUUGCCUCUACAGUCCUCUUUGGCCUGGUGGCCUCCUCCCUUGUGGAUUGGCUGGGUCGCAAGAAUUCUUGUGUGCUCUUCUCUCUCACUUACUCACUAUGCUGCUUAACCAAACUCUCUCAAGACUACUUUGUGCUGCUAGUGGGCCGAGCACUUGGUGGGCUGUCUACAGCCCUGCUCUUCUCAGCCUUCGAGGCCUGGUACAUCCAUGAGCACGUGGAACGGCAUGACUUCCCUGCCGAGUGGAUCCCAGCUACCUUUGCUCGAGCUGCCUUCUGGAACCAUGUGCUGGCUGUAGUGGCAGGUGUGACAGCUGAGGCUGUAGCAAGCUGGAUAGGGCUGGGGCCUGUAGCGCCCUUUGUGGCUGCCAUCCCUCUCCUGGCUCUGGCAGGGGCCUUGGCCCUUCGAAACUGGGGGGAGAACUAUGACCGGCAGCGUGCCUUCUCAAGGACCUGUGCUGGAGGCCUGCGCUGCCUCCUUUCGGACCGCCGCGUGCUGCUGUUGGGCACCAUACAAGCUCUAUUUGAGAGUGUCAUCUUCAUCUUUGUUUUCCUCUGGACACCUGUGCUGGACCCACAUGGCGCCCCUCUGGGCAUUGUCUUCUCCAGCUUCAUGGCAGCCAGCCUGCUUGGCUCUUCCCUGUACCGUAUUGCCACCUCCAAGAGGUACCACCUUCAGCCCAUGCACCUGCUGUCCCUUGCUGUGCUCAUCGUCGUCUUCUCUCUCUUCAUGUUGACUUUCUCUACCAGUCCAGGCCAGGAGAGUCCAGUGGAGUCCUUCAUAGCCUUUCUACUUAUUGAGUUGGCUUGUGGACUAUACUUUCCCAGCAUGAGCUUCCUACGGAGAAAGGUGAUCCCUGAGACAGAGCAGGCUGGUGUACUCAACUGGUUCCGGGUACCUCUGCACUUACUGGCUUGCCUAGGGCUCCUUGUCCUCCAUGACAGUGAUAGAAAAACAGGUACUCGGAACAUGUUCAGCAUUUGCUCUGCUGUCAUGGUGAUGGCUCUGCUGGCGGUGGUGGGACUCUUCACCGUGGUAAGGCAUGAUGCUGAGCUGCGGGUACCCUCACCUACUGAGGAGCCCUAUGCCCCUGAGCUGUAACCCCAUGCCAGGACAGGAUAGCUGGGACAGACUCUUGAAUUCCAGCUAUCCAGGAUUGUACAGAUCUCUCUGUGACUGACUUUGUGACUCUGUCCUGUGGUUUCUCCUGCCACUGCUUUGUGUUUGGGAGGACAUGAUGGGGGUGAUGGACUGGAAAGAAGGUGCCAAAAGUUCCCUCUGUGUUACUCCCAUUUAGAAAAUAAACACUUUUAAAUGAUCA